AUGUGCUUAGCGACUUCUACCGUCAGCCAUACGUCAGAGGCUAGGGUUGACUCCCUGUGUGACUUCGCCUCUGACACCAGCCGCUGCUGGGACAAGCCACCUGCGCACCCUACUCGCGGCAUAGCUGUGACGGUCAGCAUCGCCAGCAAUUGGCACAAAUCCGGUCGCCGGCCGGGAAUAUUUUCCUUAGAGAGGUUGCUCCGCUUCUGGGCCACGCUGAGCCGUGAUGGUCACAGAGAACCCAUCGCUCGUGGUGAGAGCGUCGGACGACCCGCUCUGAUCUCCCUCCCUUCAGUAGGGUCGACGUUAUCCAGUGCUGUCGAUGACGCCUCAUCUGAUGUCAGAAGACCUAGCCGGUACUACAGUAAGCUGUCGGGCAUCAAUGACAUCAAGGACAGCAGAGCAACAAUUGCAGACCAGCAGCAGCAGCAGCAGCAGCUCAGAGGGACUAUUAAGAAGAAGGGUGCAAGUAAGCGCCGAUUACAAACUUUAAAUCGGCUGUGGUACCCCGAAGCAUCUGCGGGUGCUGCUAAACAGAACGGGCUGCCGCAGACAGAGGCGGCCACAUCGACCGAACAGAGGCGGCGGCUGGCGAGCAUUGUUUGGCCGGCAGCAGGUGCGCGCCGCACCUCGCACGCGCACACAUCGAUUAUUGCCCUCGCGCUGCUGCUCGAUGGCUCGCCGCGCGCACCGCAGGCGCAGGCAGGAUCACCAUCAUCAUCAGGAUCACCAUCAUCAUCAUCAUCAUCAUCAGGAUCAUUACCAUCAUCAGGAUCAUCAUCAGGAUCAUCAUCACCAUCAUCAGGAUCAUCAUCAUCAUCAGGAUCAUCAUCAUCAGGAUCAUCACCAUCAUCAUCAAUAUCAGGAUCAUCAUCAGGAUCAUCAUCAGGAUCAUCAUCAGGAUCAUCAUCAUCAUCAUCAGGAUCAUCACCAGGAUCAUCAUCACCAUCAUCAGGAUCAUCACCAUCAUCAUCAGGAUCAUCAUCAUCAUCAUCAGGAUCUUCACCAUCAUCAUCAGGAUCAUCACCAUCAUCAUCAGGAUCAUCACCACCAUCAGGAUCAUCACCAUCAUCAGGAUCAUCAUCAUCAUCAUCAUCAUCAGGAUCAUCAUCAUCAUCAUCAGGAUCAUCAUCAUCAUCAUCAUCAUCAUCAGGAUCAUCAUCAUCAUCAUCAGGAUCAUCACCACCAUCAUUAGGAUCAUCAUCAUCAUCAUCAUCAGGAUCAUCAUCAUCAUCAUCAUCAGGAUCAUCAUCAUCAUCAUCAGGAUCAUCAUCAUCAUCAUCAGGAUCAUCAUCAUCAUCAUCAUCAUCAGGAUCAUCAUCAUCAUCAUCAGGAUCAUCAUCAUCAUCAUGA